UGAAUGUGUUAUAAGGAACAAAAAAACAAAUCCUUGGUGAAGAAUGUUGUAACAAAAUAUUGCGUUGAAAGGGAACAGACAGAGGAUGCCCUGCAAACUUGCUUCUCCAUUGUGGCUCUUACCAGAGGAACUCAUCUCGGAGAUCCUCUUUAGGGUUCCGGUGAGAUCCCUUCUGCAAUUCAGAUGCGUCUGCAAAUCAUGGAAAACCCUAAUCUCCCAUCCCCAAUUCGCCAUGCACCGCCUUCGUACCUCAAUCGCCCAUCCAAACAUUGCCCACCAACAAUUGACCUCUUCCAAACUCGUAUCAUACUCUGUGCAUUCACUGCUGCAAAACUCUUCAAUCCCUGAACAAGGCCAUUAUUACUCCUCGACGAGUCACAAGUACCGCAUUCUUGGUUCCUGCAAUGGCUUAUUGUGUUUGUCUGAUAUUAACUUAACCCAUGUCGUAUUGUGCAACCCUUCCAUCAGAUCGCAAUCCAAAAAAUUCCAAAUCAUGGUUUCGCCUCGGAGUUGUUUCACUUACUAUUGCUUUGGCUAUGAUCACGUGAACGACAAGUACAAGUUGCUGGUUGUUGUGGGUAGUUUUCAAAAAUCCGUCACCAAAUUAUAUACCUUUGGUGCAGAUUGUUAUUGUAGCAAGGUGAUUCAGAAUUUCCCGUGUCAUCCCACCAGGAAGCCAGGGAAGUUUGUGAGUGGCACUCUUAAUUGGAUCGCGAAAAGAGACCUAAACAACGACGAUCAACAAAGGAUGAUUCUUUCCUUCGAUUUGGCGACGGAGACCUAUGGCGAAGUGUUGCUGCCUGAUGGGGACCAUGACAAGAUUUGUAGUCCUACAUUGGAUGUCUUGCGUGACUGUCUUUGUGUUUGUUUCUCUGACUAUAGAAAAGGUCAUUGGAUUGUGUGGCUCAUGAAGGAGUAUGGGGUUCCAAAUUCUUGGACUAAAUUGGUGACCAUCCCUUACAUUAAGCUUGGGAUUUGUAGAUGGUCUCACUUGUUUGUGCCAUUGUGCAUUUCAGAAAAUGGUGUUCUUCUCCUCAAGACUACAUCUUCCAAAUUAGUUAUUUACAAUUUGAAUGAUGGUAGGAUGGACUAUCUUAGGAUUGUGGAUGAACUUGGGUUUGAUAUUCAUGUUUAUCAUGAAAGUUUGGUUUCACCACAAUUUUAAAUUCACAUUUGUGGAUUCCUUCAUGUUGUGUUAGGCUAGCUACUGUUUGUUUCAGAAUUUUUGGGGUGUCUCUGUGGUGAGUUCUUUAGGUGAAGCCUUACCCUGCCAUCUCUUAUAUUGUUAAUAGAUUAGUGAUGAUUAAAUUGAAAAUCACUGAUUAAUAAGAAUUCUACUAAUAUUAUAGCUUU